AUGGAGGAAAAGCACACGGAUCAUGAGGCCAGGGGUGAUAGCAGCUUCGCAGACCAAUCAGAGUCAGAAAACAGCUCUGAGGAAGAUGAAGACAGUGACUGGAAGAGGCAGAGGAGACGGGAGAGCCUCCCGCCCCACACAACAGGGAGCAUCUCAGAUGCAGAGUAUAAUGGGGAGAAUUUAGGUGCCAGUCUCCCAGAAGGCCCAGACUCUGCCCACCACAGCUGCAGUGAAGAGACCCACAAGGAUUCCUCUUCCCAAAGAGCUCAGAGGAGGCCCCUGUCACCGGGACCCAACAGCAACCCCGUGAACAAGAAGCUCAAGUCUCAGUCGCCCAGACUACAACGCUCCGCUCGUCAGAGGCACCCCUCUCUUCAAAAGCGCCCCUCUCUCCGCCGAGGCCUGGUGAUGGCCCUGCGCUGCCUGUCCCAGGCUGUGUACGAGGAUGUGGUGCAGGCACGGAGGCAGCAGCUCUACACCCCACUCUCUCACGAGCACCUGGCCCUGCUCGCUCAGCUCCAGGUGCCCCUCACAGGCCUGGUUUUGUCAUUAUCAUAUUAG